GAUGCAUCGGCGAUCCUCCUUCACCAUCUACUCGGACCCCAUCUAAUCUUGAAUGUUGACGGUCCAGUUUUCUUGGAAUGUUUGCAGCGGGAGCUCGCGCCACACUUCGGUCUGGGUCUCGUCAUUGUCUUGACGGCCCCGUCGAGCCAACCCGUGUCGCUCGAGCCCGCGCGCCCUACGUCUCCCCGAUGCAGCUGUAUUCGCUGGCGACGCCGAACGGCUGGAAGGUGGGCAUACUGCUGGAGGAGCCCGGCUCCUCGAGCGUCAAUCGGCAGGGGCGACCAGUUCGCCUCCGGCUUCGUGGGCGCGAGCCCGAACUCGAAGAUCCCGGCCCUCGUGGACCGCGACGGGCCCGGGGGCGAGCCGCUGGCGCCUCCUAGGAGAGCUGCGCGAUCAUGGUGUAUCUGUGCGAGAAAGUUUCCCGACAGGGGCUUCCUGCCCUCGGACCCCCGGCUGCGGGGGGAGUGCCUGCAGUGGCUCUUCUGGCAGGCGGCCGGGCAGGGCCCCAUCACGGGGAACUACGGGCACUUCAUGGUGUACGCGCCCGCGGAGACCAGGCGGAGGCCCGCGACUACGGCGUGGCGCGCUACGGGAUGGAGGUGCAGAGGCUCUGCGACGUCCUCGAGCGGCGCCUGGCCGGCCACGGCGACUCCCGGGGGGGCGCGGGCGCCCGCGCGGAGGGCCCCCGCACGUUCCUGGUGGGCGAGCGGUACACGGUGGCAGACAUGGCCUGCUUCCCCUGGUUCGCCGUGCUGCGGGGCAAGGGCUACGACCGGGAGGGCCAGCCACGGACCAGGGACUUCCUGGGGAUCCAGAGGUAUCAGCACCUGAGCGCCUGGGCGGAUCGCAUCGAGGCGCGGAUCCAGGUGCGGCGCGGCAUGCGCGUCUGCGCCGGCUCUCCGAAGCCGUGGCUGGACCCGGGGCACCCGCUGCACGCGGAGGGCGGCGCCGCCAGCAAGCUCUGAGGGGCCCCGCGCGGUGGGUGGGGGGGGGUCAGGAGCCUCCGGCCGCGAGCGCGAGGGCUGCGGCG